GACAUUUCUUCUCUCAGAUCGAAGUUUAAACAAAUUUUCUGGCGCCAGUUAAAUUGUUGAUAAAUUUUCUUCUACAAUUUUUGUAUUCGCAAUUAUUGUUUAUUAAACAACGUUAACCUGAUAAGUUUUUAAACAAUUUGAAAUUGAACACAGUGAUAAACUAAAUCAAAACCAAACAACCAUGGACGGUUUAAAGCCAAAUCAUUCCUUAAAUUUGGACAUCAAUGCCCAAAGGAACUUUAUGAAAUUUUAUGCAAAACUUGGCGAAAAACCACCUACAACAGUGCGAUUUUUCGAUCGUACAGAAUAUUAUUCCAUCCACGGUGUCGAUGACACAGACCUCGUGUCUCGAAUCUUUUACAAAACUACAGCUCACAUUCAGACCAUGUCCCCUGACGGUGAUGAAUCCGACAAACUUCCUUAUCUCACUCUUUCAAAGAAUCACUUUGAAAAUGUCAUUCGCGAUUUACUCCUUGUGAAGAACUAUCGCGUUGAAGUUUACACAAAGAAAGCCAAUUCCAGUGAUUGGAAAAUCGAAUUCCGUGGAUCACCUGGCAAUCUGAUUCAAUUUGAGGAUUUGCUUUUUGCAAACAAAGAAGUCUUGGUUGGGAAUACCAUAAUUUCACUACAAAUUCGAAUGGAAGGUGCCCAGAAAAAGAUCGGUCUGGUGUCUGUGGAACAAAAUGAUUGUCUCUUUUUGGUAACCGAGUUUGUCGAUGAUGAUUUCUUCACCGAAUUGGAAGCGACUGUUGUAUUACUUGGACCUAAGGAGUGUCUUUUGCCUAAAAUCGACGGAGAGUAUGCUGCCAUAAAAACGCUCAUGGAACGAAAUGGAGUCAUGGUGUCCCAAUCAAAAAAAUAUUCUGGUGAUAAAUCUGACCUCAUUCAGGAUCUUAACAAACUCCUGAGAUUCGCCAAAGGACAGCAAGAAGAUGCCUCAACAUUUACAGAGAUUCACAUGGAAUUGGCAAUGGAUUCGCUUCGAGCUGCCAUCAACUAUCUUAGUCUGGUUUCCGAUCCAGGCAAUCUGGGACACUAUGAGCUGAAGACAUUGAAUCUCAAUCGCUAUGUCCAUCUGGACGCUGCUGCUGUGUCUGCUCUUAAUAUCCUUCCCAAGCCAGGAACUCAAAUCAGCUCUCCUUCAUUUCGUUGGCAGAGCAUAUUGGGUGUUCUUGAUCAAUGUCGAACGGCACAGGGUCAUCGGUUGAUGGCUCAGUGGGUCAAACAGCCUCUACGCAGUAAAGAAGUCCUCAAUGAUCGACACGACGUGGUCCAGUGCUUGACUGAGAGUCCAACAGCUAUGUCUUCGAUUCACGAAGAUUAUCUUAAACGCAUCCCAGACAUAUUGAUGCUUACUAAGAAACUCAUGAGAAAGAAAGCCUCCAUUCAGGAUCUCUUCCGGAUCUACCAAGUGAUUCUGAGAGCACCUCGUCUCAUCUCGACUCUGCUAGCAUUGGAGAACAACACAGUGACAAAUGUUAUAUGUGAACCAAUGAAGAGCACUCUGGGCGACUUGGCAGGCUUAAAACAAAUGGUAGAGCAAGUUGUUGACCUGGAAAUAGUGGAAAAUGGAGAGUACAUGGUGAAGGCUUCAUUUGAUGAGAAUUUAGCAGAAAUGAAAGAAAAAAUGGACAAACUUCUUGAGAAAAUGAAUAAAUUACUAACAAAAGCCAGUCAAGAUUUGGAAAUCGAUAAAGGACAAUUUGUCAAGCUUGAAAGUGUGUCCCAUUUGGGUUAUCAUUUUCGAAUUGCCCUCAAAGAUGAUAGCGUUUUGAGAAAGUCCAAGUCCUAUAAGGUUCUCGAUGUUAUUCGAGGUGGAGUUCGAUUUACUUCUGACAAACUAACCGCCUACAGUCAGGCGUUUGGUGAGAUUCGGGAGCAAUAUGAGGAGGAACAGAAAUCUAUCGUCGAAGAGGUUAUUAAAGUGGCUAAAGGCUAUUCGGCUCCAUUGACUUCGUUGAACAAUCAAAUUGCUCAGCUGGAUUGUUUGGUUAGUUUUGCUGUUGCUGCCCAUAAUGCUCCGACUCCAUAUGUUCGACCGAAAAUGUUGGAUGAAGGAUCUGGAGAGCUUACCCUGAAGGAUGUGAGACAUCCAUGUUUGGAAUUGCAAGAGAAUGUCACGUUCAUCUCGAAUGAUGUAGAGUUUAAGAAAGAUGAUUGCAAUAUGUUCAUUAUAACUGGGCCAAAUAUGGGCGGUAAAAGUACUUAUAUCAGAUCUGUGGGCACAGCAGUUCUUAUGGCACAUGUUGGAUCAUUUGUGCCAUGUUCCCAGGCAACUAUCUCAAUGGUAGAUUCGAUUUUAGGACGAGUUGGAGCUAGUGAUAAUAUCAUCAAGGGUUUGAGUACGUUUAUGGUCGAGAUGAUUGAAACCUCAGGGAUUAUCAGAACUGCCACAGAAAAAUCUUUAGUAAUCAUUGAUGAAUUGGGACGAGGAACCUCGACGUAUGAAGGUUGCGGAAUUGCUUGGUCGAUUGCAGAACAUCUUGCAAAAGAAACCAAAUGUUUCACAUUAUUCGCUACACAUUUCCAUGAAAUCACUAACCUCGCCGAAACUUGUUCGACAGUUAGGAACUGUCAUAUGGCUGCUUUGGCCGAUGAUGAGAACUUUACACUUCUAUUUCAAGUUCGUGCGGGUGUUAUGCAAAAGAGUUUUGGUAUACAAGUAGCUAGGUUGGCCAAUUUUCCUGAUUCUGUUGUUAAAAUGGCCCAAAAUGUCUAUCACGAAUUUGAAGAUGAAAAUGUUCAAAAAAGAACUCAAAAAGAUGAAGAAUUAAUUAAUAAAAUCGAAACAGCUAUUGAUAAUUUAUCAUCGGGUAAUAAUGUUGAUAUAAAUGAAGGAGAUCUAACCAAGUUGGUGGAACAAUUUAAAAAAGAUAUACAGGAAUUGGAUAGUGAGUACUUUAAGGCAGUGCUAUCAACUGCGAGUGAUUAAAAAUAAAGAGAACACAAAAAACAAAGAUCUGCGAUCACCCACAUACAAAUACACACAUCACUUAAAAAGUGGUCUUCCUAAAAAGAAUAAAAUUAAUCAGUAUUUCUAA